AUGUUCAUGCGCUGCGGCAAGCUCGGCGAUGCUGCUGGAUCUGUUCGUACGGAAACGGCACUGAUCGUGGCCGAGCUCGAUGACUUAGCAUUGGCCGUGACACUGGCAGACGCCUACGUGGCAGCGACCCCACGUAUCCGCUCGAACCUUGCCGACUACCUGCCGGAGGAAGCGUUCACGUGA